AUGGUCUGCGACGACUUUAUCGUUGUUGAAUCUGUGUGCUUUGUUCGUUCAAUUAGAGUUGUUGGAAAUCAGUUUAAAAAAGGGAAACCCAGAAACCCAAAUUUUCUAACAGGAAGGAUCCCCAGCCAUUUCCCUCAUCCGCUAGGCGAAGAUACCCGUAAUCCUUUUAUUGGUCAUCUUUAUAGUGCUCUAAAAGAUCGUGGAAUUCAUGCUUUCAUUGAUAGUGAAGAUCUGUGGAAAGGAGAAGAUAUUGGGGAGCUUCUCCAAGCAAUUAAAUGCUCCAAUCUCUCCAUUGCUGUCUUCAGUGAAAGUAAUGUACAAAGCGAAUGGGGCCUCCAAGAGCUUGCUCAGAUGCUGGAAUGUCAUAGAACUCACAAUCAAAUCAUUUUUCCUAUUUUCUUCAAAGUUAAGACAACUGAUGUUAAGAAUCAGAUUGGAUCUUUUGAGAUUUCACCUCAGAAAUAUGACAAAGAGGUGCCUGAAACUCUACAAAGAUGGAAGGAUGCUUUGCAAGCACUAGGCCAUAAGAGUGGAUGGGUUUUCAAGGAUGAGGAUCAAUGGAUGUUAGUGAAAUCAAUUGUUCACAAGGUUUCGCUCCGAUUGAAUGUAGUCCCGUUGGUUGAUGUUAAACAUCCCGUUGCAUUAGAAUCUCGGGUAGAAUCUGUAUUAUCUCUACUAUCAAAUGCUGGUUCUAAGGAUGAUGUUCAGUUUCUAGGGAUAUGUGGCUUGGGCGGUAUUGGAAAGACAACCAUUGCAAUAGCCAUAUCCAACCACAGCUUCAGAAAAUUUAGUAAGACUUGUUUUCUUGAAAACAUUCAAGAGGAAGCAUCACAACAUGGUAUAGUUUAUUUACAAAAGAUACUUUUUGAAAAAAUAUUUGGGGAAGAAAUAAAAAUUUCCAAUUCUAGAGAAGGUUCGAGUUUGAUAAAAGAAAGAAUUGGAAAAACAGACACUCUUUUCAUUCUUGAUGAUGUGAGCAAUGAUGACCAAUUAGAAGCAUUGGUAGGUGAUCUCAAUUGGUUUGGUCCUGGAAGUAGGAUAAUUAUAAUAAUUAGAGAUGAGAGCAUUUUACGUGGAGUUCCUGAAAAUAAUAUACAUAUAUACGAGCCAGAAGAAUUGGAUGUGGAAAAGAGUCUUCAACUCUUUAGUUCAUAUGCUUUUUCAAAGGACCAGCCUCCCAAUGAUUACAAGAAACUUUCAGUUGAUAUGGUAAGCACCACAGGAGGGUUGCCAUUAGCCUUGAAGAUUUUGGGUUCUAAUUUAUCUAUCAUCAAGGACAAAGAAGUAUGGAAAAAUAGGUAUCAGACAUUGAAAAAAUAUCCUCAUAAUAAUGUCUAUGCAAAGUUGAAAAUAAGCUAUGAUGAUAUGCAAGAUGAUAUUGAAAGAACCAUAUUUCUCGAUGUUGCAUGCUUUUUCAUAGGAUGGAAGAAAGAAUCUUUUCUAUAUGGGAAGCUUGUGGCUUAA